AUGGCCGUCGACAUUGCAAGUCCGGAUCCUGCUGUUCACGAGGCAAGCGAGGUUCAGGAUGAGUACAGCCUGGCAAAGGAGUUCUAUGACGCAUACAAGAAGUACGCUGCAGUCGUUCAGCCAGGGGUUGGUUGUGAGCAACACGAGCUCGAUCGCCUGACUGUUCAACUGAAGACCAUCGCGCAUCAUGUAAUGCAGCUGAAGCUAUUUUCGCCAAAUGAAGAGCUGGAUGACAUAAGCACAACUGACCUCAAGUACAUGCUUGUUCCCUAUCUGCUCGCCGAAGUGGCUGCUGCAGCACGAGAUAUCGCAGUCCGUGGGACGCAUCUUCACAAUGCCUUGGUAUAUUGGCGUGCGUUCGCGGCCGAUUGUCAUCGCUUGGCCAUCGGGCAUGCGGACGAUCAUGCAACCUUGGACCAGGAGCAGCCGCCAAGGGAUGCCGCUACCCGACGAGACGAGAAAAUUGCACGCCACAAGCGGUGUAAGGAAAUCGACGCCAAGGUGUCGUACUUGUUUCAAAAGAAGCAAGAAUGUCUCGGAGAUGAAUACUUUUGGGGCACCGGUAGUGCAUUCGACGAAGACAUGGAGCGUAGCUUGAUCACGAUGCUGCUGAGCAAAGCCCUCGCAUCAGUGCCAGAUAGCAUAUCUUCAGCAGAGCAAGAGCUGCCGCUGCUGGAGAUGAUGGUGGCACGGGGAGGUCCUAGCGAGGAGGCCGUGAAGCCGAAGCCGCCGGUUGUGAAGCCUGCUUGUCUUCGGAUUCAGGAUAAAGCCGAGCUGCAACGACUCUACAGAGAGAUGGUGUUUCAAUGCCCACAUCCACAGGCCACCAUGUCCAUCGAAGAAGCGGCCGACCUGGAGAUAGAGGAGAUGCAUGAAAUCGAGGCUGCUCGGGCAAGGAGGCAGGUCGAGCAGGAAGCCCACGAUGCGGACAGAUGGUGGAAUGGGGAUCGAUACGGAGCCAAAGAGGAAUGGGAGGAAAGCGAGAAGUUGUACAAGGAUCGGGAUUUUGACGAGUUCAAAGAUGACCACCCGUGGGGAUCUGGAAACAAAAUGGCCAACAUAGGUGCUGGCAAGCCAGUUGUCUUCACAAAUGUUCGCUUGGGCGCAGGCUUGAAGAGCAAGGAGAAGCAUGGAAAAGGCGCUCCACCGGAGUCCCUGCUUGCUGCAGAGAGCAGAGGUGCCAGUCCUUUUGGUCCAGGUUGGGAUCCGCAGGUGCUGGAAGCAUCUCUUGGCCAUUCCAUGGUGAGGUCGCAGCAAGUAGUGGUUUACCGCUACGAAGCAAAUGCUUCAAGGCCCUCGCAGACUGGACUGGGCCAGCCGGCCCCGUUAGAAUCGAUCAUGGCAUUGCGAGAUGUCCCAUCCUCAGCACUUUGGACCUUCAUCUUGACUACAAAGCUGUACACGCCGAGUCAACGCUCUUCCUACUCAAGCCCUUGCAUCCGGCUUCUCAAGCUUUAG